AGUUUAGUUCGUGUUUUGUCGCGAUACAGACGUUUCAGUUACGCAUGACCAAUAAAACAAAAUGAAGGACGGUCUCAACAUACCGUCCCUUCCCAGUCCCCAUGACCGUUACUCUCUAGAAAAGAAGCUCGGCACGGGGAUUUUUGGCGAAGUCCACAAAGCUAAAGAUAAUCAUGCAGCUGGGAAGGCAGUCGCCAUUGAAAUACAAAUAAUUACCGAAGAAAACGAGUCACACAUUCAAGAGGAAUAUAAAAUAUUAAGAGAUUUUACAAAACAUUCUAAUAUCGUAGAUUUUUAUGGCGUAUUUUGUGAUAAGUCCGAAUAUUCUAAAAGGAUUUGGUUUGCUAUCGAGUUUUGCGAUUAUGGGUCUGUCAUCGAUAUUGUCAGAAAGCUUAAGGCAGCGGACAAAAAAAUGUCUGAGGAACACAUCGCUUACAUCCUCAAAUAUACGAUCAAGGCAGUUUCUUAUCUACAUGACAAUAAAAUCAUACACCGAAAUUUACGGUGUAGCAAUAUUUUAAUUACCAAAGAUGGUGAAGUAAAGCUUACUGACUUUAGUUUAUCAUGCACACUAAGCGAAAAUCAGGACAGAACUAAAACAAGCAUUGGCUCACCUAGCUGGAUGGCCCCAGAAGCUGUUAACAGUAACGAAGGAGGAUAUGACAAUAGAGUUGAUGUUUGGGCAUUGGGAAUCAGUACUAUCGAAAUGGUCGAUGGUAAAGCUCCCUUUGAAAACAUGCAUCCAACUAUAGCACUAUUUCAAAUAGUGAGAAAUCCUCCCCCGUCAGUUGCAAAACCAUCAAUGUCCUCCAAUGAUAUUAAUGAUUUUAUUACAGAGUGCCUGGAAAAAAAUCCCGAGCAUCGACCCUUCAUGGCUGAGCUAGAAGAACAUCCAUUUGUUCAAUCUGUUCCCGAAAACGAUUUUCACUUAUCCACUGAACUUAAAAUGCUUGCCGCUCAUUUAAUUGAAAAGGAAACACCUUACACGAUAAAAGAAAGGAUUGUUAAGAAUGGCCUUCUUAUUACCGAAGGAAAGAAAGAACCUGAAACGAUGCAAGUCGAAGAUCUUGCCGCAUUGGAAUAUUUAACAGAAGAUAACGUCCUUUGCGAACUUCAAGUAAAAUAUCAAAAGGGAUCAUUUAUGUCGUUUAUUGGAGAUGUAUUAUUAAUACUUAAUCCUAAUACACACGAGGACAUUUAUGGCGAAGAGUUUCACAAAAAAUAUGAAUGUAAAUCACGGUCUGAUAACGAACCUCACAUUUUUGCCGUUGCGGACAGCGCACAUCAAGAUGCCACCCACCAUAACGAACCUCAGUAUAUAAUAUUUUCUGGCGAAAGCAAGUCAGGCAAAUCUACCUAUAUGAUGCAUGCACUGUCUCAUCUUACGCAUUUAGGUGCAAUGAAAAACAAUACAGGCGAGAGAAUACAAAAAGCCGCAAAAGUAAUUCAAGCCUGUAUUAGUGCAGCAACGCCAAUUAAUUCAAACUCUACUCGCGGAAUAUUACAAAUUCAAGUAACUUAUGGUACUUCAGCGAAAUUAAGUGGUGCUAUUUUUUGGUUGUAUCAGUUGGAAAAGUGGCGUGUAUCAUCUACGGACAUGAAUCAUGCAAACUUUAACCUUCUUUAUUAUUUUUAUGACGCUAUGGAGGCUAAUAACAAAUUAGAUAUAUUUUAUUUAGAAAAAAAUAGAAACCAUCGGUAUCUAAGAGUUCUAGACGAACCGACAAGGGGCGCGAAAGGAGUUCGAGAAACGCCACGUGAAAAUGUUAAUAGUUACAAGGAGUUUGUUGAGAAUUUGAAAGUAUUAGACUGGGAAGAAGAAGAUAUUAAAUUUUUAGAAACAGUUUUAGCUGCUAUACUAGUUUUAGGAAAUGUCAGAUUUAGAGAUGGAAAAAACGGAUCAGCUGAAAUAGAAAACGUGGAAGAAGCCAAAAAAGUUGCAAAGCUCUUAUCACUAGAAGAAGUUAAAUUUCUUUGGGCACUUCUCAAUUAUUGUCUUAUUGAAAAUGGGACUGCUGUAAAAAGACAACAUGCAACAGAUGAAGCUAGAGAUGCGCGAGAUACUCUUGCAAGUGCACUGUAUAAGAGGCUUGUUGAUUGGUUAAUUAACGUAAUUAACGCAAAAUUAUCAUUUAUGCGAUCCGUAUUUGGUGACAAAUUUUCUGUAAGCUUAAUAGAUAUGUUUGGUUUCGAAUGUUAUCAUCGUAAUAGAUUAGAACAACUAAUUGUUAACACAACAAACGAGCAAAUCCAAUUUUUGUACAAUCAAAGAAUGUUUGUUUGGGAAAUGCAAGAAGCAGCUGAAGAAGAAAUUCCCAUAAGGGGUUUACGUUUUUAUGACAAUAAAAAUUCUGUUGACCAACUAAUGGGAAAACCACUGGGCGUUUUUCACAUUUUAGAUGAAGCCAGUCGUGUUACUGGCGGACAAGAACAUAUAAUGAAUACAAUUAAAACAAAAUGCAAGGGUCCAUACAUAAAAGUCUCAGGAAAUCACGAGUUUAGCGUAGCGCACUACACUGGUAAAGUGAACUAUGAUGCAAGAGAAAUGGCUGACAAAAAUAAAGACUUCCUACCACCAGAAAUGAUUGAAACCAUGAGAGCCUCGACGAAUCUUACUCUACAGCAACUAUUUAAAAACAAGCUAACCAAAACUGGUAAUCUUACAGCUGCAUCCAAUCAAAGCCCAGCAGCAGGACCAUCUGGUCGUUCGAAAUCUGAGAAGGAAAUGGAAAAUAUUAAAGCUAGAAAAUUCAACACUGUUUCUAAGGGCCAAUAUUCGCAAAUACGCAGAAUGAGGACAGCAGCAGCUACUUAUCGAGCGACGAGUCUAGAACUACUCAAGCAGCUCUGUAUCGGCGCUGGUAGCGGUGGGACACAUUACGUUAGAUGUAUCAGAACAGACUUAAACGAUAACCCACGCGGAUUUCAGACCGAACUUGUAAGACAACAAUUAAGAGCCUUAGCUAUUUUGGAUACAGCUAAAGCACGUCAAAGUGGAUUUCCUUGUAGAGUACCAUUUGCUGAAUUCAUCCGAAGGUAUCGUUUCUUAGCCUUUGACUUCGAUGAAAAUGUUGACGAAACAGCGGACAAUUGCAGAUUGCUAUUGAUUCGCUUGAAAAUGGAAGGAUGGGAACUCGGCAAAACUAAAGUGUUUUUGAAAUAUUACAAUGAAGAAUUUUUGUCUCGGUUAUAUGAAGUCCAAGUAAAGAAAAUUGUUAAAGUACAGAGCAUGAUGCGAUGUUUCUUAGCUAAAAGAAAUGCAGUUAAAAAUAAAUCCAAAAAUUUACACCUUCAGGAAUUGAAGAAACAAAAAUCUCUUAACGUAUCAGAAGAAGAAGCAGCUUUACGAAUACAAAAAGCUUACAGAGGAUACAUAGUCCGCAAAGCUUAUCAACCUCUGGUUAAUAAAUCUACUGGCCAAAUCGACGAGGAAACGUCAUCGUUUCUAAAACGAUUCGCAAUGAAAUGGAAGAGCCGAUCCAUUUUCCAAGUGCUACUGCAAUACAGAGCUCUACGAUAUCAAGAUUUAGUUCAUUAUUCUCAGCAGGUUCAUAUAUAUAACCAAGCUGUUGUUGAAGGGCUUCUUAACACCAGUAGUUCAAUCAACCUUGAUCGUGUUGAUCCACAUGCGAAGGAAAAAAUAUUCCUUGGCUCUGGCCCACCGACUGUCUGGAAACUUCCCUUCCGAAUGGAUCAAAUACAAUUCUAUGAUACUUCUCAUAUGUGUGACCCUUCUGUUAAGAACACAGACACAUUUGCAAGUCCUUAUGAUUCUGACAGCGAACAAUGGGAUGAACCUUUGAAACGUCGUUGCAGUGCAGCCCAAACGGAACCAUUCAAGGCUUCAACGAGCACUCAAACGCUUAUAACCAUACCGUUCUGCAGAGACCCAUCCCAACCUGUGCCUAUUUUACCACCAGACGAUACCGAAAUACAUCAAAGAAGAGAAAGUUUUAGCAAACCCGUUAUUUAUAAGAGGCCACCUAAUCUUUCUCCCCAAAGCUACUAUCAACCACCAGCUCCUUGGUCUAGUGGUGGCGAUGAUACUAAUAUCUUAGAGAACAGCGCCGGACGCAGAGCUAUCUAUGGACGUGGCAGCUAUGGCGUUGACAAAAGUGAUUUACCAGAUCCAAUUAGUGAACUGCAAGCUCUGGCUAAAUCCUCAAGGGAUUCAAGAGAGGAUGAUGAUGAUGAUGACCCUCCAUUUAACUUUCAAGCUAUGUUAAAAAAAACUCCGAAGAAUAGAGCAUCCAUGAAAAGACACGGCGAAGGACAUGACGAAUAUCAUGACAACACUAGGAACUCGCCCAACUCGCGUUAUGUCACCACUUCCUAUGGUGCACCGGUAUCACGAAAGCAUAUAAUUUCACCAAAUGAAGCUACAUCCGCAAUUGUAUCGCCCACUAAUUCCAUUGCCUCCAAUAAUUUUCCUCCCAAAUACGAGUACGAGAGAAAUUCUCGUGAUUUCGAUGAUUCCGAAUUUGAAAAGAGAUCUUCCCAACACGGUCGCGGUUACGUUGACAAUAAAGAUGAAACCGAAACUAUUCAGUUAGCACCAGGAAUAACGGUCGAAGGAUCAGUAGCCGAUUUGUAAAAGGAAAACAAAAAAUAUGUUGUGUAAAAAAUAUAUUUAUUCUCAUUGUCUUUCAAAGCAUACCUCUUUUACAUUAUGGCGUUAUUCUAUUAAUAUUUUUGAGUUUGAUAUUAAAGCCAUUUAUUACGUGUUUUUUUUAGUAAUAUAAAGCUUACUAUUAUGCUUAAGUAAAAUAGAUUUUUUCUCAAUAGAGUUAAGUAUAUUAAAAACCAAUUUCGAAAACUUACAGCGAAUCCCUUAUGUUAUCGUAAUUUUGUCACACAUAUUCCGAUACAAAUACACAUCAUAGAAAAAUAUGUCAUUUUUAAUAUUCUUAUUUAUUAAUAUACCCUAAUCGAAAUUGCUUUGGUAACUUAUUUACUUACAUCUAAAUAAAUCAAUAUCAAUAAUAUUAUUAAAUUAAUUAUGUUAUGUGUGUGGUCCUCUUUAACCGGCUAUUGUCUGAAUUUAAAGUAGACGAAAAUAUAUAAUCAAAUAUAUAAUCUUUACUCGUGACACAUUUGAUCUUAUAAUUAUAAACGUUUACUAUUUACGAGUUAUAAAUAUCACUUGUGUGAAAAAUGUUAUUCUUUCUUAAAUCAAUAUUAUAAUUCCAUAAUAUAAUAAAAAAUUUGUGAAAA